GCCUGUGGCCCAUACGAAAAUACAUGCAGAUCAGGAACUCGAUGAAAGUGUCCAGCAGCUCCUAGCCACCAAAAUUGCCGUCUAUCUGAUGACUUUUUUAAUAGUGACAGUUGCUUGGGCAGCUCAUGUCAGACUGUUUCAGGUGAUUGAACUAAUAGAUGAUGUACUUGCCCUUCUAAAUUUGGCCUGUAUGAUGCUUAUUACCUUUUUGCCAUAUACGUUCUCCUUAAUGGCCUCCUUUCCAGAUACGCCAUUUGGCAUUUUCAUGUUUAGUAGCUGUGCUGUUAUAAUUGGCGCUACUCAAGCAGUUAUUGUUGUGUAUGGGUUCCGCCAUCCUUAUUUACUUAAUCAUGAAAUACAGGAGUCUGAAAACCAGGAAUUUUAUAAGUAUCAUAUUCUGAAGAUUAUACUAAGAGGACCAACACUUAGUUUUUUUGCUGCUAUCUUCUCAUUUUUCUUCAUCCCAUUGUCUUACAUGUUUCUUGGGCUCGUUACAUUUUUCCCUCAUAUCAGCCAACUAACAAAAUGGUUUAAAAGCAAGUUUCUUGGUCAAGAAGAAGAGGUACCACUAGAGUCUUUUACUGUUUAUCUCACUGAACCUCUCAGUAAGGAAAGAGUAGAAGCAUUCAGUGAUGGAGUUUAUGCCAUUGUAGCAACCUUGUUAAUUCUGGAUAUAUGUGAAAAUAAUGUUCCUGAUGCUAAAGAGGUUAGAGAGAAAUACCAUGGUCAUCUCAUAAAUGCAUUGAGUGAAUAUGGUCCAACUUUCCUUGCCUACUUUGGAUCGUUCGUAACUAUUGGCCUUCUCUGGUUUGUACACCAUUCUCUCUUCCUUCAUGUGAUGAAAGCAACUCGACUAAUGGGCCUCCUUAAUACCUUUUCCUUGGCAUUUAUUGGAGGUCUGCCUCUUGCCUAUCAGUUGACUAGUGAGUUUGCGGAAAAGUCUCACAAUGAAAUAGAAGCCAUCCAGGUUAGCUGUGUUACCAUCUUUUUUGCCAGCAUUUUUCAGUUUGGUAUAUGGAUUGCUGCUUUAUUUUAUGAAAGGGAAACACUACACCCUUUUGCCAGGUAUGGUGGUAAAGAACAUGCCUUUAUGUUUGCCAAACUUGCCCUGUAUCCCUGUGUAAGCCUUUCAGUCUUCUUCCUAACAUGUAUUGUUAGUGAAUUGAGUACAACCAUUUUCCAUGUCACCCAGAUAAUUGUCCCAUUUGCCUUCCUUGUGUUGCGCAUCCUUGUCAGAAUUUGUCUGUUGGCACUGAAGUUUAUAAUGUCUCUGUCUUCACGAAGGAACAACAUACUUGAAGAAGAGGAAGCAUGUUUGUCUCCUACUGAAAUAUUGUCAUAGUUUUUCCUGCACUUUAUUUGGAAAAAUAGGCUAUUGCUAUGACUUAAUAUGUAUGGCCCAUGCCACUAUUUGGUAUAUGCCACCUCUGACCAAUUGCGAUCCUUUUGUUUGUGAAAUAUAAAUGUUCCCACAAGACUUCAGGUGCAAAUCUUAGGGACUGAGACUUACGGACUCCCAUUGCCAUAUUUUGCUUGCAAACUAACAUUUGGGUCAAUGAGUUGGUCUAAUAUGACUUAUCAGCUGAUCAACCUCAGCUUUUGGGAGGACUGGAAUGACUGCAGAGGAUGACCAAGACAUUUUAGAAAAUGGUAUCGCAUCAGCUGUCUGUUAGUGCUGAUGUGCUCAAUGAAGUUAGUCUGUGAAAGUAAAGCCAUUAUAAUGGAAAAGGUGGAUACAAAUAUAUGUUAGCUUGCUGUCAGUGAGUGACCAAGGAAACAUGUAUUGUUACAUAUUCCAGAGUGUGUCUACAGUAUAAGUGCAUAGCUGCUCCUCUUUGUAAUACAUACCAGAACUGGAAGUAUUUGGUGUGUAAUACGUCCAUUUUUAAUAAUUUUUACAUUUGGUCUGAAAACUAAUAGGUGUGUUGUAAAGCUGGGGAAAAUUAUAUGAUGGCUAGGGAAGUCUGGGAGUUGUAGUUCAAAAAAGUCAUUUCCCCCAGAUCUAGAUGGAGUUGAACCAACUGACAGUGAAUCAGCAUAACAUGUUGCCUUAAGGGCAAUAAAAGAAAUGGUUCCUUCAGGACUGGAAAAAUCUGAAGGAACAUAAUUCUUCAAGAUUCUAGAAAUUUGAUGACAGUGCUUGGAAAAAUGAAGACUAUAUAUCUGCCUGCGCAGAUCUUAUGGUGGUUCUCACAGAAUAUUGACUUAGAAGGAUUUUAUCACACCACUCCUAUUCUCACCAUAAUCGCAUUAAGUGUAUACAUACUAAUUUGGGAGCACUCGGUACCGCAUGUUCCUCUAAUAGCGUGAAUAGGGCCAUUGCUGGCCUCUUGCACUCCCUCAUCCUUAACCCUACUUCCCUGUCCUAUGGCCUACCCAGCGUGCCUUUCAGAGUUUUGUGUUUGUGUGGGUUUUUUUUCCUUAACACAAUUGUAAAGUUAUGCUAACUCCAUGGUUUUAAAAAAUAAAAGAACGUAAAAAAAUUCCAGCUGUUCUUGAAUAGUGAAGGGGGACAGGGGAGAAGAGAAGGCACUGAUAACUAUAUGAUCACACAGUCAAUUGCAACAGAAUAAUUUACUGUACCUGAUAACUAGCACAAUUGGAAACUUAUUGACAUGUGUUUCUUGUUGGCAAGAAACAGGCCUAACAAGAAUUGAAAGACAAGGAAGCAAUGGGAGAGAGGCAGCAUCAUGUGAUAGGUAGUGCCAAAGGUACUGUUAUUUAGUGUUUAUGGUGGUUAAACCACCAUAAACAUUAAAUAACAGUACCUUUGGCACUUGUGUGCCUUGUGUGAUAACAUCCUUGUAACAGAGAC